GUAAUCUUGGUGCAGGUAAACCCAGGAGAGGCCUUUACAAUCCAGCGAGAUGAUGGUCAGUUUCAGUGUAUCACAGGUCCUGCUCAGGUUCCCAUGAUGUCCCCAAACGGUUCAGUGCCUCAAAUCUAUGUGCCUCCUGGAUACGUUCAACAGAUCAUUGAGGAGAAUGGCGUGAGGCGGGUGUUGGUCUUGCCUCAGACGGAGUUUCAUCCGGGGGCCCAUUCUCCGCUCCACCACGCGCCCCAUCCUCCACCCCACACCCACCUGCAGGCCUUCAUCCCGCACCCACACAUCAUGCACCCUCCCCCGCACCUGUACUCAGGCCUCGCUGGAGGAACCGGAGACAUCCCCCAGUACAUCUCCCAGUACCACCCAGCACACCCAGCCAUCUACUCGGAGCAGGAAACUCACCCUCAACACGGCCGGGCGGCGUUCGCUCAUCGAGAUGAAAGGACUUGUAAAACCUACGAGCGUCUGCAAAAGAAGCUGAAGGAUAAGCAGGGGGUGGGAGGUGGAGGUGGAGGCCUGGCGCUCUCCAAAGACAGUCCCCCUCCGUCCCCACAGAAGAACCUCGGGACACCCCCUGCAGGAGCAGCAGGAGAGCUCCAGAACGGGCUGGAGGGUAAGAGCAACGUGGAUCAGGCACAGCCCAGCAACACCAUCACCCGCCUGGGUAAAAGCCCAGUGAGAAAGAAGGAGGUGGAGCCUGGAGAACUGGACGAAGAAGCCAAGGCCCUUCAGGAACGAUUAAACUCCAUGUGCAAGCCAGUGGUGACAAACAUCCAGGCCAGAGGGGCCAGUUUAACUUGGGUGUCCCCGUCGCGGACAGAAGGUGAUGAUGAGCCCAAAGAGGGAGAAGACGAGCCUGUGGAGCCCAACUUCACAUAUGAAGUCUCUAUCUCUUACAACGGCAAAGAUGGGAAAUACAAGAGCGCCUACAGUGGUGUGGAACUAAGUGCAACCUUACAAGACUUAAGACCAGCAACAGACUACCAUGUCAGGGUCCAGGCGACGUGUAACUGUUUACAAGGCGUCCCAUCAGAGGCUGUGAGCUUCACCACUCUGAGCUGUGAGCCUGACACUCCCAGUCCUCCCCGAAAGCUCAGCGGCACCAAGAGCAGCCUCGUCCUGCAGUGGAAGGCUCCAUGUGACAACGGUUCCAAGAUCCAAAACUAUAUCCUUCACUGGGACGAGGGGAAGGGAACGGAUGCUACGUUUGUCCAGUGUUACUACGGCCCAUAUAAGCAGUACAGACUCACCAAACUCUCCACAGCUUCCAGAUAUUCCUUUCGGCUGGCGGCCAAAAACGACAUGGGGGUCAGUGAAUUCAGUGAAGUGGUGAACAUCAUGACAUCCUGCAGUGUUCCUGCUCCCCCUCUGAGCCCUGAGUUGGUUCAGUCUGGGGUCACAUGGCUAUGCAUUCGCUGGCACAGACCCGCCGGAUCGCCCAAAGAAGACGACACCGGCUACGUGCUGGAGAUGGAGGAGCAGGGAUCCGGUUAUGGAUUCCAGGCCAGUUAUGAUGGAGAAGAGCUUUCACACACUGUCAGAAACCUCCACAGAAGCACCACGUACAGGUUCAGGGUUGUGGCCUAUAACACGGAAGGGAAGAGUAACCCCAGUGCUGUGUCUGAGUUCACCACUGCUCCUGACAGGCCCAGCUGCCCGUGCAGACUCGCAGUGAAGGGAAAACCUCACCCGACCAGCUUCCGUCUGACCUGGGAUCCUCCUAAAGACAGUGGUGGCUCAGAUGUGACUAAGUAUGUGGUGGAGCUUUCAGAAGGGUUAAGUGGUUCCUCCUGGAGUCAGGCGUACAGUGGUUCGGCUCUGGAGUGUGUUUGUGAUGGUUUGAGCCCAGGAUCUUCAUAUCAGGCCAGAGUUCACUGCAUCAGUGCGGGAGGAGAGAGUCCGUUGACGGAGGCCUUGCAGGUCCAAACGCCACCAGUUCCUCCUGGUCCAUGUCAGCCGCCCAGGGUCGUGGGUAAACCCAAAGCCAGAGAAGUGCAGUUACGCUGGGCGCCCCCACUGGUGGACGGUGGUAGCUCUGUGAGUUUGUACAAUCUGGAGAUGUUCGCGCCACAGGUGGACGAGGCCAGAGAGGUGUACCAGGGCUCUGAGCUGGACUGUACUGUGCCCAGUUUAUUGCCAGGCAGGACCUACGGCUUCCGGAUUAGAGCGGCCAAUAAAGCUGGAUAUGGGCCUUUCUCGGAGCGCUCUGAGGUGACGACGGGCCCUGGGGCCCCAGAGGCAUGUAGGCCCCCUCACAUCACUUGUAAAUCCCCCACGUGUGCUGUGGUCAGCUGGGAGGCUCCGGUCAGUAAUGGGGCAGUGGUGUCAGAGUAUCGUCUGGAAUGGGGCGCAGCCGAGGGCAGCAUGCAGGUGUGUUACAGCGGUGCCGCUCUCUGCCACGAGAUGAGGGGUCUGCUGCCCGCCAACAACUACUUCUGCAGAGUCCAGGCGGUGAACGCUGCGGGCGCCGGCCCCUUCAGUGAGCUGAUGUUCUGCCAGACGCCGUGUUCGGUGCCAGCGAUGAUCAGCAGCGUUCAUGCGCUCCGAGAUUCUGAGAUGAAGAUCCAGGAGCGAACAGCGGAAAGAGGAGAAGAGGAGGAGGAGGACGAAGAGGAGGAUGAAGAGUCUGCCAUGCUCUACUCUCCAUCCACAUGUCUGGGUCUGCGCUGGGAAGCUCCUUGUGACCACGGAUCACAAAUCACAUCAUAUCUGAUCGACCUGGGAGAGAAACAACCCAUCCUCACCGGACCGGUGACCCAGUACAUCAUCCAGAACCUGCAGCCGGACACCACCUACAGGAUACGGAUCCAGGCUCUGAACAGUCUGGGCACAGGACCCUUUAGUCACACCUUUAAACUGAAGACCAAGCCACUGCCACCGCUGCCACCCCGUCUGGAGUGCACGGCGUCCAGUCACCAGACCCUCAGGCUCAAAUGGGGCGACGGUCCGGCCAAAGCGCAGCCCACCGACUCCCUACAGUACCAUCUGCAGAUGGAGGACAAAAACGGGAGGUUUAUAUCCUUAUAUAAAGGACCGUGUCACACUCACAAAGUGCAGAGGCUAAAUGAGUCUACCUCGUACGCUUUCCGCAUCCAGGCCUUUAAUGAAGCGGGCGAGGGGCCGUUCUCCAGCGUUUACACCUUCACCACCCCGCGCUCCCCUCCUGCACCCCUCAAAGCUCCGAGAGUGGAGCGUGUGGACGAGUCGUGUGAGGUCAGCUGGGAGACGCUGCCACCAAUGAAAGGGGAUCCAAUCAUCUACUGUUUGCAAUGCAUGCAGGGAAAUUCAGAUUUCAAACAGAUCUACAAGGGCUCGUCCAGUUCCUUCCAGCUCCCCAACCUGAGCUCCUCCAUGGACUACCGCUUUCGGGUCUGCGCCAUCAGGCAGUGUCAGGAUGCCCCAGAGAUCAUCGGGUCUUACAGCUCCACCGUCAUCUUGCUGCCAGCCCGCGUGGACGGCCCCGGGCCCACAGGCUCCAGCGGCUCCAAAACAGCCGAAAACCAGAAACCAAAACGCAGCCUGACCGACGAACAGUUUUCCUUCCUGAUCAUCGCCCUGCUGGCCGUGACCUCCAUCCUCAUCGCCGUCGCUAUACAGUACUUCGUCAUCGAAUGAGUGUCGUUCGUUUUCGUUUCUUUCUAGUUUCAUCACGAAAACUGGAAAACAAUUUUUUCGUCCAGUGGUUCCCGCUGUCUUGAGAACGUCCCGUAUUUCCAUCGGACUUAUUUUGAAGGAUCAGCAGUGAAGCUUAACGCUCGUCGUCGUCGUCUUUACACAUUUAUUCGUGUAGCUGUAGUCUUUAUGUUAUUUAUAUUCGUAUAAUUUCGUACGUUUGCGAUUUCGGGACUUGAGGGCCAGUUUUGCGAACUGAACCCCCGGGAACGGUAAAAUUUCGAGGAUGUACGGUGGAGAACGCUGCAAUUAGCGAACGUUGAUUUAGCACUUUCAUAAGAACGUUUUUUUUUUUCGUUUGUUUUUUUUUUUUUUUGAUGUUCAGAAUGUGUAAAGGAUGCAAAAAUAACUAGAGAAAUAUGUUAGUAUAUUUUUGUACAGUAUGAUACGAGGACCUGAGAUUCUGGAUUAGUACGUUUUGGGGGGGGGCGGGGAUUAUGACUAUGAAUACCAAACUAACUCAACUUAAUAGUUAUUUUUACGAUCAUGUACGUUAUUUAGUUCUACCGUAGCUUGUUUUUACAAUCAAGCAGCUGCUUUCGCUCCGAAAUAUUGUCGUUCAGCACAAACAAUGUAAGCUUUCUCGGAAACCUUUCCUUCAGUCGUUAUCUUUGCACCUUAGUGAGAAAAAACAAACAAUUUACUUAUUGAAUGCGUCUUGAUCUCGUGAAGCGUUUUAUGGAUCAUGUUCUCCAAUUGUGCAAGCCCUCGAUGUGUUUUUAAGAAAAAAAAUAACGUAGUAACACAAUAAUGGUUCUUGAGACGGUUUAUUCAGACAAUAAUCACGAAAUCGUAGUGUUUUCUUAAUUUCUCUAUUUUUUUGUUGGUUUUUUAGUUUUAGUAACCAAAUUAUCUCGUUGUGUGAAUCGUUACUUUUAGCAAUAUUAUUUUCGUAACCUCCAGAGUAUGGAUUAUAGGAGUAAAUAUUCAGAUAUCGUUUCUCGUUUAAACAAAACCCCCACACAUUUGUGUUUAUUUUUUUAUACGCGAAGCAUUUAAGUUAAUUACGUCCAGCGGAGGAAUUAAGAAAAGCGCAAGAAACGAAACACAAACUGCAGUAAUGAAAUUGUGUUACUUCCUGUGAAUCGGAAAUGUUUUGCCUUUUUCUCUGUGUGUUUAAAGUCUUGUGACUGAUUAUCAGUGCUGAUUAUCGAUUCGGUCAUGUCGUGCUUUGGUUUUGGGCAUAUGAGUGCUGUCAACAACCGUUACCAACUACAGGUAGCUUGCAAGAAGUCUUGGAUGAAAAUGAAUUACGUGAUUUGGUCUACUAGAUAUUCUGUCUUCUGUUUGUCAUUGAAGGGAAGUAAACAAAAAGAAAAACGAAACAACUCAAAUUCCUAUUUUUGAUAGUGAUCAAAUGUAAUUGCGAAGUGUGCCAUUUUAACGCCUCCCCACCAUGAUAACCUCUGGUUCUUGGGAGAAAGGAAAACUACAACAACAAAAAAACAAACAAACAAAAAUCAAUAAAAUAUGCACAAAAAAUGA